CCACUGACGUUACAGCAGAAGAUCCAUGAAGACAGCUUCUUUUGUAGACAAACUGACCAGGAGCAGCCGGAGCCGACGAAUCACAACGUAGGUCCGGUCAUUGUUCCUGUGUUGAUGUGUUCUAGAUCUGAUGAAACUGUGUUGUUCGUAUUUUUCGCUAGUGUCAAACUUCAUAGAGCUAGCUGAUUGAAAAACUGAUAACUAGUUGGUUUUAUUUGCAUCUACCUAAUUAUCAAGCGUGUGAAGAUUCAAAGCCUUAGGCUAUUGAGUUUUUAGUAAAGUCUACCUGUCCUCUUGGAUGGCGUGAAAGGUGGAGCAACAUAAUGGUGCCUUUUCAGAAGCUAUUAGAAGAAUGAAUUACUGACCAUACGAUUCGAUUGCAAUCUCAAUCGCUCGUGAAACAUGGUACAAAGCCAUAUGAGAACUGGCCUGAAGUAUGACAAGUACGAUGAGUGUCGAUCGGUUUCCAGCUGAUGGCUAGACGAUUAAUGACUAGACGAGCGGUACAAAGGCGUGACUCAAGUUGUCAACGUCAAUAAAGUUAAAAAAAAAUGUUUGAAAAUUGCUGCAAACGCCACUGGCAGUGGACUCUCGGGGCGAUCAUACUAGUUUCAAUAGCUACUAGGUUAUACAAGAUUCAAGAGCCUGAGCACGUUUGCUGGGAUGAAACUCACUUCGGCAAGAUGGGUUCGUGGUACAUUAAUAGGACAUUUUUCUUUGACGUGCACCCGCCACUAGGGAAAAUGCUAAUCGGUUUGGCUGGCCACCUCACUGGUUACAACGGAACAUUUCCAUUCAACAAACCCGGCGACAAGUAUUUCGAUACACCAUACCUCGGUAUGAGGGUAUUCUGCGCCUUACUUGGUGCUGCAAUACCUCCGUUGGCAUUUAUCGCUGUCGGCAGUUUGACAAAGCGUAUAUCAGCGGCCAUUCUCGGCUCAUCGUUGCUUCUCUUCGAUGUUGGUAUGAUCACUUUGACUCAGUACAUCCUUCUUGACCCACCGCUUUUGUGCUUCAUUAUCGGAGCUUUCGCGUCAGCCGUUAGCCUGCAACACUUCGAGCCGUUCUCCCGAACCUGGUGGGGCUGUUUAACGUGUACAGGGACAUUUUUGGCAUGUGCCAUCAGUGUGAAGUUCGUAGGCCUGUUUGUGGUGCUCACAGUAGGCGCGCAUACCGGUUGGAAUCUGUGGGAUCUACUGGGUGAUCUCAAAGUGCCACUCUCGAAGCUUCAACGCCAUUUUCUUGCACGGGCUCUUUGCCUAAUCAUAUUGCCGAGCAUUUUGUAUAUAUGCUUUUUCUACAUCCAUCUGCAUCGUCUGUCGAAGUCAGGUAAUGGUGAUGGCUUCUAUAGCUCGGAAUUUCAGGCCAGGUUGGAGGGCAACUCGCUGUACACAGCUAGUAUGCCACGGCAGGUUGCGUACGGCGCUAAAAUCUCUCUCAAGAAUCAUCGAACAGGAGGAGCGUAUCUGCACUCACAUUUUCAUCUGUAUCCUGAAGGAAUCGGUGCCCGACAACAACAGGUAACAACAUAUUCUCACAAGGAUGAGAACAAUCAGUGGCUGAUAAAGCCGUGGGAUCGCGAGGUUCAAGAGAAUGAUACAGUUAUACUUCUCAAGGAUGGCGAUUUACUCCGUCUGGAGCAUACACAAACUAGCAGAAAUCUUCAUUCUCAUAGGGAGGAAGCUCCACUAACAAAGCGUCACAAUCAGGUCACAUGUUAUGGUGAAAAGGGUGUUGGCGAUGCCAAUGACGUCUGGCGACUUGAGGUUGUAAAGGGUGCAGGGCCAAAUGGUGAGGUCCAUACUGUCACUACAAAGUUUCGACUAAUACACUAUUUAGCGAACUGUGCUCUGCUGUCGCAUAACAAGCAGCUUCCAAAGUGGGGUUUUGACCAAAUGGAGGUAACAUGUACACCAAAUAAAAGAGAUAAGAAUGCAGUCUGGAAUGUUGAGGAUAAUUGGUUCUCGAAGUUACCGAGUGAGUCAUUUGAGAGAUAUCGUCCUGGAUUUAUUCAAAUGUUCUUUGAAUCGCACGCUGUUAUGCUGCAGGGUAACGCGGGACUUAAGCCAAAAGAAGGAGAGCUGACGUCACGUCCUUGGCACUGGCCAAUCAACCUUCGCGGUCAGUUCUUCUCCGGCUUCGAGUACCGCGUCUACCUUCUAGGUAAUCCACUAAUCUGGUGGAGUAAUCUUAUCCUGCUCGGCGUCUACUUUGUGCUCCAGACUGGUGUUCUAGUGCUUGGCCAGCGACGUGGUGACAACGACGUUCACUAUUUGACAUCAUCGUGUCGCUGGCUUCUGCUUGGUUGGGCUGUUCACUACGUCCCAUUUUACGCAAUGGGUAGGGUACUUUAUUUCCACCAUUAUUUUCCGGCAUUGAUGUUCAGCUCGAUGCUAUCUGGUGUUGUGAUCGAUUACGUCAUAACUCUGUGUAUUCCGACUAGACAGCGGCACUGGGUUAUAGCUGGGCUACUAUCAGUGAUUGUAUACAGCUUUAGCUUAUUCUCCCCCUUGGCCUACGGUAUGCAAGGGCCUCCAGCAAAUCUUCCUAAUAGCACAAUGCACGGACUUAAAUGGCUCGACACAUGGGAAUUUUAGAUUGUUAGAUUUUUUCAAAGAUUCAACUGUGCAGUGAGAACGUUGUAGAACGCUACGAUAAAAAUCUCGCUUUUGUCACCUAAUGAAACGUAUCUCGAACAGUACAAUGGAAUAUAUUAACAUGAAGCUCGCAUGUGAUUGGUCAUAAUAGAAGAGACUAAGAAAAUUUUAUACAGGUCAAUGCAACAAGACGAAAUUGCGAUCGAAGCUGUGAAAUGAAACGACGACCGCUAUAAUAAAUAGUUUCAGUAUGUAUAUCAUUAUUUAAUUAUCCGACUGUUGAUUAUACUAAUGCAAAUGUAAGAACAGAAAUGUACAUGGUCAGAAAUUAGCACAUAAAUAUGGUGUCCGUCAAAUAGCUAGAUAUCUGCCCGGUGGCGCUAUCAGAGAACAACCGCUAAAAAACACUCAUAACGGUGCAACUCUUGCAGCAGACCAGAAAGCAAUGAUAACCCCUGUACUAUAUACCCACAUUUAUAUUUUUACUGACUUCGUACGAAGGUAUAUCUCUACACAACGGGUAUGUAUACUAUGCCGAUUUUGGAAAUAAAGACAAGAUUUUUAUAUAGAAAUAUUUUUAAAUA